AUGGCCAGGCAGCAGCUUCAUGAUGGGGAGAAGCCCCACAAAUUCUGGGAGUGUGGGAAGAGCUUCAGGCAGAGCAGCACCCUGAUCUGCCACCAGAUGAUCCACACGGGGGAAUGGGCCUACGAGUGUGGGGAGUGUGGGAAGGGCUGCAGCUGCAGAUCCACCCUUGUGACCCACCAACACAUCCACACUGGGGAGAGGUCCUAUGAGUGUCCCGAGUGCCAGAAGAGGUUUCAGAUCAGCUCCGAUCUCCUCAGGCACCACCGGAUUCACACCGAGGAGAGACCAUUCUGCUGCCCUGAGUGUGGGAAGGGCCUCAAGUGCAACUCCAAACUCAUCAGGCACAAGCACAUCCACACUGGGGAGAGGCCCUACAAGUAUUCCCUGUGUGGGAAGAGGUUUCAGACCAGCUCAAAUUUCCUCCUGCAUGAGCGGAUUAACACUGGCGAGAGACACUUUCCACUGCCCUGA